CCUUUGGAGUCGUCAUUUGCGGGCCAUGCUGUCAUGAACCUGAUCUUGAAGGAUGGAAUACAGUCUACGGUUUGCAGGCCUGGGCGCCUGUGGAGCAUUGAUGACCAUGGCCCUCAGCAUCUUUGGUCUCUUUUUACCUUGGUGGACAAGUGCUGAACCCGAUGAGCUCGCACCGAUCAUUACGGAGGUCUCACUAUGGACUUCCAAUACCAGAUUCACAUUGCGGAUGGAUGGAGGAGUUGAGACACACACGGGCUGUGAUUAUCGCUGUAACGUGGCGAGAUUCACCAAGCCCCGGGUCUACACCAAGUGUGAAACCUGGGAUUCGAUGCGAGACUGGGCGCCGGAGCUCUGUAGCGCAGACAUCGGCAGCCGUGCCGAGUACUUUGUGACGACCACCACGGAAGCGCCUCGCAUCUACAGCCCCAAUGGUGUCCCCUACGGAGAGAAUGGAGAGGGAGAGAAUCCCUACAACUUUGACAAGGAGAUCAAUCAAGACGUAUUUCAGAAUCCGGAAGCUCCCUACGACAUGAAAGCACCGUUGCCACCCAACACUGUGCAGAUCUCCACCCACAAACCCUUCGAGUUUGGUGCCCCAACCACCACUAUGACAGCUUGGUUCACUUGGACUACAACCGUAAAAACCACCACAUCACUGGGCUUCGGACAAACCACACAGAUGACACCGGUGCCCAUUGCAACCACGCCCAUGUUGGGUGCGGCAUACUGCGCGCAACCCACUUGGGAGGAGAGGAUGAAUGCACCUUACACCGAUUGGGAGUUGAAUUUCGAGUUGAACCAAGUCAUCAUCGAACGGAUCUACGCCCAGCUCUAUCCUUUUUUCACAGAGGUCCCGAAAUUCAUGUUCACCCAGCGGCCCCUGCGGCACGAACACGUGCGCUUGGUUUGGGAGGCCUACCUGCAACGAUCUCCAGCCACCAAGUGGUUAGGACGUUGGCCCUGCCCGUCAGUACCUGCACGUCAGCUGCAUCAGUGGAUCUACAGCCCCACCACGGAUCCAUUUUUAGUUUCGCUGGGAGAACAGGCCCUGAUGCCUCCCAAUACAAAGCCGGUCGAGUGGAGUGACUGGGCUUUGAAAGAGGCCUGGAAAUUGGAAUUGUUGGACCUGACGACCACCACCCUGCAGACAAUCGAGCUCCUACAGGCGCGCACCACCCGGGCAGAAGAGCUGACUUCAGCCGCGCCCACAGCGGCACCGCGCUUGCCACCCGAGCCAGAGCCCUACGCACCGGAUGUCACGUCCUUUGUCGCCUGCCAUUUAGCCACCUUUGACAACCGGGCAGACCAUGAGGGGCCGUUCGCGUGGUAUGAGAAGGAGGACCCCUGCAGCGUUGCGGGGAACUUCGAGAAGGUUUGGGUCGCCAAAGGAUGCCUCUUCUUUGCGAUCCUGCUCGCGAUGGCCCACGGCUUUCCUGCAGCGGUGCUCUUUGUGAAUUCGAAACAGAGAUUUGCAUGGCGUUUUCCUGGCAAAGUGGGCAUGAUCAUGGCGCUAGGCGUUGCGUUCUUUCAGUUAGUUGCAGUCAUUGCUGGAAGCACUGCGGUGGUCACCAGUGGUCCCAACGGCAUUGGUUUUUUCAGCACCGUACUGGGCCUUCUCUGCAGUUUGUUAACUGCUUCUUUCUCAAAGCUCUCAGAGGUCCUGCAUAAUGCAGAGGAGCCACAGGCACCCGCCAGAGCAACUGUGGCUGUGGGCCGUACCAUUACGGUAGAUCCGUGGUCAUUGCAGACUGCUGCGCAAGUCGCAUGGGACUCCAAUAAGUCAUUGCGUCGGGUUUAUCCCCAGUCGUGAGGGCGCUGGUCAAGCUCACCCAAUGGCAUGUGCUUAGUAACCAGCCUAGUUUUCAACUAGACAGGAGCGCAAGAGUCAGAUUCAUUCAGAGACGCG